CAAUCGUCUUCUUCGAGGUUUUCUUGUUCUUCAUCUUCUCUCUGAUCUGGUUUUUUUUCUCUGAAAUAUGGAAUAUCGACCAUUAGAAAUCACAGUUAUCUCUGCUAAAGAUAUCAAAGAUGUUAAUCUGUUCGGCAAGAUGGACGUUUAUGUCGUUGUUACUCUCGGUGGUGAUUCCCGGACCAAACAGAAGACUCCAAUCGACAAAGAAGGCGGUACGAACCCUAAUUGGAAUUUCCAUAUGAAAUUCAACAUCGAUGAAAUCGCGGCUCAGAAGAACGGUCUUGUUCUUGUCUUUCAAUUACGUUGCGAUCGCAGUCUCGGUGGCGAUAAAGAAAUCGGCGAUGUACAUGUCCCCGUCAAGGAGCUGCUUGAUAGCGCCGGUAAAGGAAAUUCUGCACAAUUCGUCAGUUAUCAGGUCAGGAAACCUAAUGGAAAAGCCAAAGGCCAAUUAAAUUUCUCGUAUAAGUUUGGCGACAAAGUUACUGCUCCGUUGCCGGAAGUAUCGAAAGCAGGUGAACCUGUUACAGCUUACCCGGCUGCAGCAGGGACCAGUGCAGCGUAUGCAGCAGCUGGGUCUAGUAGUGUGUAUCCUCCGACAGGGGCCGCUGGUUAUCCACCUUAUCAGCCGCCACCGCAAGGAGCGUAUCCGCCGCCGCCGCAAGGAGCGUAUCCGCCGCCAACGGGAUAUCCUCAGCCGGUGGCAGGGUAUGGGUAUCCACCCCAAGGGGCGUACCCAUUCCCUCCACCUCCACCAGGUUAUGGGUAUCCACCGCAGCAGGUGCAGCAGCCGAAAAAGAAGAAUAGGGCUGGGUUGGGAUUGGGAGCUGGAUUGCUGGGAGGAGCGCUUGGAGGUCUUUUGAUUGGGGAUAUGAUUUCUGACGCUGGUCAUGGAGGUGGUUGUGGUGGAGGUGGUUGUGGUGGUGGUGGUGGUUGUGGCGGUGGUGGUUGUGGUGGUGGCUUUUGAUUUCUAAUCUUGUUUUCCCCCUUUUGUUUUGAAUUU